UGUCCUGUUUAUAUCUCUCUUGUUUGGUUUAACAAGAAAGAGAAAGACUUAGUUCUCGGUCAUUGACUUGUUCUCCGGCGAAUUUCACCGACGGUGAUUACAGUUUUAAAGAUCGGACAGCUGACCGUCACCUGUGAUAAGAUUUCACCUUAUUCUUUCUUGUUUUUUUUUUGCAAAUUAUUAAUCCUCUGUGAUUCACAUUUUCAGGCUCCAUCAGAUCAGAUUCAAUAAUUACAUGGGGUUUUAUAUUUGUUUCUCCAAAUUAAAACCCUCAUUUCAAAUUUUUUGAUUUUUAAUCAGUUUUUUGUUGGCAUUAAUUGCUUGCAUGUUUAUUUAGGUUUUGAUUGUUAUGAAAUUGCCGUUUUUUUUUUAAUUUAACAAUUGUUUAUUAUUGAAUGAAUUGCACAUUUUAGGUGUUUGAGGAUUGUUUCAGUGAGAUUGGGGAUUAGGGUUCUUGAAUUGGAAUCUGAAUUGCAAUUGAUUUGAGUAUUUCUUAAAAUUAGGGUUUGGAAAAGUAGAAAAACAGGUUAAAGGGGGGGACUUUUUGGUGGUUGGGUGCAAGACCAUCAUCAAAAUAAUGGAGGUCAAAGUCGGGUUUCUAGUACACCGAAUAAGAACUUCAACUCGAUCUUAAACUCCGCUCACGUUCCAAACACAAUGCAUAACCUUCCUAGUACGCCAAAUAAGAACUUCAACCCGAUCUUAAACUCCGCUUACGUUCCAAACACAAAGCAUAAUCAUCCUACUACACCAAAUAAGAGCUUCAUCCCGAUCUUAAACUCCGCUCAUGUUCCAAACACAAUGCAUAACCUUCCUACUACACCAAAGAAGAACUUCAACCCGAUCUUAAACUCCGCUCACGUUCCAAACACAAAGCAUAACCUUCCUACUACACCAAAUAAGAACUUCAACCCGAUCUUAAACUCCGCUCACGUUCCAAACACAAUGCAUAACCUCGCUACUACACCAAAUAAGAACUUCAACCCGAUCUUAAAUUCCGCUCACGUUCCAAACACAAUGCAUAAUCUUCCUACUACACCAAAUAAGAACUUCAACCCGAUCGUAAACUCCACUCACGUUCCAAACACAAUGCAUAACCUUCCUAGUACGCCAAAUAAGAACUUCAACCCGAUCUUAAACUCGGCUCACGUUCCAAACACAAAGCAUAAUCUUCCUACUACACCAAAUAAGAGCUUCAUCCCGAUCUUAAACUCCACUCAUGUUCCAAACACAAUGCAUAACCUUCCUAGUACGCCAAAUAAGAACUUCAUCCCGAUCUUAAACUCAACUCCUGUUCCAAACACAAUGCAUAACCUUCCUAGUACGCCAAAUAAGAACUUCAACCCGAUCUUAAACUCGGUUCCUGUUCUAAACACAAUCCAUAACCUGAACCCUAACCAUGGUUCUAACCAAGCUUCACCGCCGGUCUCGUACUUCCCCUCGAAAGACCCUGCAAAUUGGGACUAUGGUCUUUUGGCAGCUAUAGUGAGGCCCAAAGCAAGCCCGAUAAGUGACCCGUUCAAAAAUCGACCACAAAGCAAUAGUGUUCAUGAUUUAAAUAAAACACCAGCUCAAAAUUCAUUUACUCAAGGUGGUUCUAUGCUUGGAAAUCAACCGUAUCCGACAUUCGGUCAGAAAGAUGGAUUUCCGGUCCCAUGCCGCUCCUGCUAUGACUUAAACUCGCCACCAAGAUCCGAACUCGAUGCAGUCUCGUCUAGGAUCACGGGCUCAUUGCCAUUUGCUCCAAUUACUCCCGAUACUCAACGAAAAGAUAGAGAUGAAAGUCAAAGAAUUGAAGAUGGUGAUAACCAUUGUAUCGGGGACUCGACGUCUUCAGCGGUUUCAACAACACAAAAAGAGCAUUUAGUUUGUGAGGAGGGUGACGAAUUAGGGAUCGACUUAAACAAGACACCGAAUCAAAAGACACCUGCAAGACGGAAAAAACACCGCCUGAAAGUGAUUCGAGAAGGGAAACCGCGUAAAAAGAAAGUAUGCGAGAAAAGUUCCGAAAGAAAUUGGUGUUGAAAAAAGCCCUAAUGGUAAACGAAAGUACGUGAGGAAGAAGGUUGUUGAUCAGUUGGAUAGUCAACCGAAAACUGAAGAGGUAAAAUCUUCAAAACCUAUUGUUGAAACUCCCACUAAAUCAUGUAGACGACAAUUGAACUUUGACUCGGAGCAUGUGGCGAUAGACGAUAGUCAAAAUAAAGAAACGCAGGGUAUUAAUUUAAAGAAUAAUCUCCCAAGAUAUAGAACAAGAAAGAAGAAUAAACAGCAUACUCGACCACCUUUGUUGUGUAAAUUUGUAUAUAGCUAAACUACUAAAGUAGUCUAAGUACGCGUAUAACAUAAGGGUGGCUAAACAUGAAAACUAAGUUCUUUAAAAUUGUGAAGUAAAAAUUAUAAUUUUAUAUA